AUGGCAUGGGUGGUGACCGUACUCGUGAUCGCGAUCGCGGUAGCGGGCGUGAACGUGAGCGCGGACGCGAUCGCCGAGGAGGGGAACGACGUGACGACAGCGAGCGUGUGGUUGAAGACUCCUCAGUGGGCGAACGUCUUGACCUGCUGGUCACUUGUCUUCUUCGUGCAGGGGGACCUUAAGUCACGCCUGGAAAGGAAGUGGGCCACAUGGCAGCGCAACGCAGCCCUGCCAGUACAACAACGCCCGAAAGAGAAACCGACUCCCUGGAAGUUGCAAGUGUACGCCGAGUUCCUGGACUACGUCAAGUCUGCAGUGGCUAGCGGCCCUUCUGCUCCGUCAGGCGAAGCGGCGUUGGGACCCUUACUCCAGUCCUCCGAGGCGGUCGAGGCGGCGAAUCAUGGACCUCCGAGGGAGGACAGCGCGUGGCCAAUUGUGUUGGUCUUCAGGAACAGCGAGACCGGACAGGCACUCCGCGAACAGUGGUACAUGGCGUCGGGGGUCCACAGGAAGGUCACGGACUUUCUGCCGGGCAAGGGCGGUGGAAAAGGGUCGGGUAAACGUUCCCCUAAGCGGGAGUCAGAAGGGCCUGACAGGGCAAACCGCUCUAAAGAGCCUCGGCGUUGA